AUGAAUCCGACCAACAGCAACACGAAUAACCUGGAACAUCUAUUAUACGGCAACGAUGCUCCCACCGUUACCCCUUCCACACCAACGCAACCGAGACCAAUCCGGCCUAUUACCACAAUCAUGCCUGUGCUAGACAGGACCAUAUACAAUGAAGCCGAAGAGACGGAAGGUAGCGAGAGAACACUCGAAUACGUCCGAGUCCAGCUCCAGGCUCUGAGAUACCUAGAAUGCUACCCAUCAGACACGCUCAGCGGGCAUCAAGCAUGCGAGUGGACGCAAAUGAUCUCGCCAUCGAAUUUCAAGCCAACAGCGCAAGAAGCACUGCGUCUAUGCUACUACCUGCGCUCCAAAGACUUCAAUACCUAUGCCAAGGUCAAGCGCGGAUACAUGAACUUAUACGUUGCAGACCAGGAGUCCGACAUGCGGGGUCCACACGUCGACGUGCUGUAUUGGAAGCAGGAUGUCGGAACCAACGAAAUUAGAUAUCAGUGUUCACCCAGGACACCAGGGCCAGUAGUGGUAGUAGGGGGAGGAGGAGGAGGAGGAGGAGGAGGAGGAGGAGGAGGCAGACGCAACGCUAUUGCGACGACGCUAUCGCUACAUAGCGCAGAAGGUCGCUCGCUUUACAUCCACUUCUACAGUAGCCAUGACGAGCAACGAAUGAUAGAGCGACAGAUGGCAGGGCCGCGAAGGGGAGAAGACCGGCGUACGCUAAAUAGCCUUACGACUCUCGCGGCUGCAGCAGAAAUCCGCUUGCAGAACUUGGUCAAUCUUGAGAAUCCUGAUCUGGGUGAAAUCGAAGUCACGCUUAUGCAGCUUGAGGAAUACCGCGCACUAAUGCGUGGGGAGUAG